GUGGUGGGGGAAGGCCGCCAUUUUCGUUUACUUUGCGCCAAUAGGAACUUUACCGGCCUGAUCUGUAAACUAUUGUGGUCAGGUUUGCGUUUGUGGCAGAAACGCAUGUGAGAAGUACAGGUUAAUUUCGAAUAUUCCAAUUACUAUUUUGAUCAAGGAAAAUGGAUACUGAGUCGUUGCCUGCGAAGGAAGAGGCUACAAAUGUCCCUACUUCCACUUCUGUAACGGUGGAGAGCGCAGACAAAGGAAAUGGAGACAACGCUGAGCUACUGUGCAACAGCUCUUCGGAAUGUUCUUCGCCUACCAAAGUGGAAGCAGAUUCAACCGAGAAUGACAGUGCUUCCACCGACACCUUACCUGACGAGCAACUUAAAUCAGAUCCUUUUGCUUAUUUAGACAGAUCAUUUACGUCAGAAAAAUAUAAAGUGGAGAUUAGAGGUCUUCCUAGGUUUUACGGAUUCGGAGAAUUGAAGAAGCUGGUCACUGAUACUUUGAAGCUGUCAUGCACCAAAGUUAAACCCCCACGAAGGGGCUGUUCCUAUGCUUAUGCUUGUUUUCGUUCGGAAGAAGAAAGAACCAAAGCUCUUGAGAUGCUCAAUGGAUAUGUGUGGAAAAAGAAUACUCUUUCAGCACGGCCAGCUCAAGCAGCUCCCGAUCCUUUUAUUGCUAAGCGAGCUCGCAUGGAAGACCAUGAUAAAGGUGGCAAAAGAAAAAAGUUCAAUGAAGAUGAAAAUCUUACGCAGGAAGAGCGGCUGAAAAAAUCUACAGCACCUUAUUGGAACAUUCCUUAUCCUGAGCAGCAAAAUUUAAAACGAGAAGAUAUGAGGAAGCUGCUUCUUCAGUUUGGUGAUGAGCUUCUUAAAGCUAACAGGGACUUAGGUGAAUGGUUACAAAAGCAAAGAGCAGAAAAUGAUGGUCUGCCAUGUCCUCUGUUGGAUAUUAGAAGUUCCUCUAUUAUUAAUGGGUACAGAAACAAAUGCGAAUUCAGCAUUGGCCUGAAUCCUGAAACUAAGAAGGUCACUGUGGGCUUUCGUUUGGGAAGUUAUGCUGAUGGUUCUGUUGGCGUGGCACCAUUAGAUGGGAUGCCACAUGUACCUGAUCGUAUGAAGGAAGUUGCAAAGGCAAUGGAGACUUUUAUUGAAGAAUCUGGAUAUCUACCAUUUGAUCAUGUCACACAUAAAGGCUAUUGGCGUCAAAUUACUGUAAGGCUUAGUCAUGCAACAGGGGAGCUCCUCUUGGUUGCAGGAAUGCAUCCUCAAAAUUUAAAUGAAGAUGAACUGAAGGAUCUCAAAGAGAAAGUUGUGAAGCACUUCAGUGAAGGACAAGGUGCCAGCUGUAAGGUGACUUCCCUCCACUUCCUAAAAUUGGGAUUGCGUGAGCAAGGCUCCAAACAACCAACUUCUGAGCACUUGUGGGGCCAAACCCAUAUCCACGAUAUCUUGUUGGGUCUUAAGUUUAGAAUUUCUCCUGAAGCAUUUUUCCAAGUUAACACAUCGGCUUGUGAGGAGCUUUAUAAAGCAAUAGCGGAAGUUGCCAGUAUGUCAGAAGAUACAACCAUGCUAGAUGUUUGUUGCGGCACAGGUACAAUAGGGCUCUGCUUGUCAAAGCACUGUGGUCAAGUGUUAGGCGUAGAGUUAAUUGAGCAGGCUGUGAAGGAUGCAGAGUUCAAUGCUCAGGCAAACGGAGUUGACAACUGUGCUUUCUUUGCUGGACGUGCAGAAGACAUUUUAAGUGGCGUGAUUGGAAGAGCAACCAAAAAGGAACUGACAGCUGUUGUGGAUCCACCACGUGCAGGACUACAUCAGAAGGCUAUAGUGACACUGCGAAGCACAAGGCAAAUUGAGAAGCUGGUCUACGUUUCCUGUGAUCCGAAAGCAGCUCUGAAAAACUUUGUCGAUUUAGGACGUCCGCCAUCCAAGAGUAUGAGAGGAUUGUCGAUGGUGCCUGUAAAGGCCAUACCUGUUGACCUGUUCCCGCACACUAAAUUAUGUGAACUAGUCAUCUAUUUUGAACGGAUUGAUACUCGUAAGCCUGAAGAGCGUUAUCAGCCCACAAGUUAAUUGUUGUUAUAAUGUAUCUUACUCUAAUCCAGUAAAUCAUCCAACUGAAUUAAUUGUAA